AUGUUCUCGACCGCCCUCAAGAGCGUGGGUGUUUUGACAGCAUCAGCAACACGGGCUGUCAGCUUCAACACAGCUUUUACUCGUAGUAUACAGACUUCAGCUGCAAUUGAUACCACCACGAAAACCUCAUUACAGAAAUUACGCGAACAGCUUCACUACUACGCAAUUGCAGAGGUAGCCGGACGCCCCUUUUUGAUUACCCAGAACGAUAAAUUGGUUGUCAAUCGUUUAAAAGACGUAAAUGUGGGGGAUGUUCUCAAGCUUGACCGUGUUCGUGAGCUCGGAAGCAAGGACUAUACUCUCAAGGGCGCACCAUAUGUAAACGAGGCUUUCUUUGAUAUCAGUGCCACCGUUAUUGAGCACCCAAAGAGCAAGCUUAUCCAGAUCGUUAAAAAGAAGAGAAGAAAGAACUACAAGCGUACAAUCGAGCAUAAGCAGACCCACACCGUCUUGAGAAUCUCAAAGGUGGAUAUUAAUGCAUUGGAUUGA